AUGGCCCCCUCCCGCAUCGACACGCCUGAGGCCACUCCGGUGGCGCCGACGAAGCUCCAGUCGAGCCCGAACCCGAAACCUCAGUAUGGCGACUUCCGCGACGAAUUCUUCCGCAACGGCUACGCGGUCAUCAAGGGCGCCUUGACACCGGAGCGGGCGCAGGAAUACCAGAGCCGGGCGCUGGACUGGCUCGAGUCAUUCGGGCUGGGGUUCGACCGCCACGACAAAUCCACCUGGAAGAAAGAGAACCUGCCGCAGAGCUGGAAGGGCGGGAUGUACCUGCACUUCUCGGCGGCGCACGAGAAGUACGUCUGGGACGUUCGUUGUGAACCCGGCGUGAUCGCCCCAUUCGCCAAGCUCUGGGAAACGGACGAGCUGGUCGUCUCCUUCGACACGGUGAACAUCACGCUCCCGCAGUCGAUCGUGGGCGAGUACGACUCGAAGCCGUGGCCGCACGUGGACCAGGCGCCCGAGCGGUCGGGCAUGCAGUGCGUGCAGGGGAUCGUGAAUCUGUCGGAGGCCGGCCCCGCGGACGGCGGGCUGGUGGUGAUGAAGGGGUCGGCGCCCCUGUUCGACGAGUUCUUCGCGGCGAACCCCGUGACGGGGCCGACGCCGUGGCGCACGGCCAAACACAAGGACUUCCACCCCUUCUCCGAGGUGGACCUGGCGUGGUACACCGCGCGCGGCUGCGAGCUGGUCAAGGUCUGCGCCGAGCCCGGCGACCUCAUCAUCUGGGACUCGCGGCAGGUCCACUGGGCGCGGUUCGGCGAGUCGGACGUCGUGCGCACCAUCGUGUAUGCGACCUACACGCCCGCGGCCUGGAUGACCGACGCGGACCGCCGCACCAAGGCGGAGCUGUUCGAGCACUUCGAGACCACCACCCAUUGGCCCCAUACCAAUCUGUAUACCCAUGGCAAGGCGACGGUGACGGUGGAUGGGGAGGAACGCGUUGAUCCGUUGGAGAGAGAUGAGCCCCUGACGAAGCCGUGGCAUAAGUGGGUCAUUACCUUUGUGCUGGGAAUGUUCUCCGUCUUGGGAGUUCUUUUGACCUCCGGAAUGGGCCCCUUCACCACGACCAUGGCCGCCUACUACAACUAUGACCCGCGAACGAACGAUCUCAUGACCUACCCGACCCUGUUCAUGGGUAUUGGGAACCUGAUUGCUAUGCCGCUGGCCAUGGCCGUGGGGCGGAGGCCGAUUUUCCUUGCCUCGGCUCUGGUUCUAACGGUAGGGUCCAUCUGGUGCGCUGCGAGUAAGAGUCUAGGAUCGCACAUCGCCGGACGGGACAUUCUCUCGCUGGCGGCCGGUCAAUCGGAGGCCUUGUGUCCGCUGAUCAUCCAAGAAAUCCACUUCGUCCACGAGCGCAGCAGCAGGCUUGCCUGGUUCAGUGCUAUCCAGUCGAUCGGAUCCGCAGCGCUGACGAUCGCGACAUCCUACCUCGUCAUCGCUCUGGGCUGGCGGUGGUGGUACGGGAUCUUCGCCAUUGCGAGCGGGGUGGUGUUCGUGGUGGCCCUGUUCUUCGUGCCGGAGUCCCUGUACGACCGGCCGACCGAUGCCUUUGAAGGCCGCGUCCACAUCCACCACGAGGGGCAAGAGCUCAAUGUCUUGCGCGCAACGACCAAGCACCCGGUCGCCCUGGACUACACGCGGUAUCAAGCCCGAACCUUCCGCCACAGCAUGAAGAUCUACCACGGCCCCGCCAACUGGGGCGCCGCGGCGCUGUGCUGGAAGCACAUGGCCCAGUGCAUCCUCUUUCCCGGGGUCCUGUGGGUGGUGCUGAUGAACAGCAUCUCCCUGGGGAUCUAUGUCAUCGGCGUCACCGAAUACGCCCCGUUGCUGGCCGCACCUCCCUACAGCUACCCCGACACCAGCCUGGGCCUGGUCCAAGGCGGCCAGAUCGUGGUCUCGAUGCUCAUGGUGCCGAUCCUGGGCUACGGCGGCGACCGCCUGCACCGGUGGAUUGCCCGUCGCCGCGGCGGGGUGGUGGCGCCCGAGAUGCGUCUCAUCCCCAUCAUCCUCCCCAUUGCGGUCGUGCUGAUCUCCACGAUCAUCUACGGUCGCGCGGGCUCGCACCCGGCCGACUGGUCGUCGUGGGCCAUCGUCACCACAUUCAAUGGCAUGUACUUCGGCUACAUCGGGAUCAUCCUGAAUGGGUUCACAUACACGCUGGAUAGCUACGGUGAGCGCGCCGCGCCGAUCCUGGUGCUCAUUUGUGCGAUCCGUGGAUUCAUCUCGUUCGGGAUUUCCUUCGGUAUUACGGAAUUCAUCGCGCAGAAGGGCUUUCAGGGUAGCUUCGAGAUCUGUGCGAUCAUCAUGGGGGUGAUCUCGGCCCUAGGGCUGCCGGUGUUUAUCUUCGGGCCGAAGAUCAGGUCGCUGACGAUGAAGUAUGCGGUUGAUGGUAAAGGUGUAGAAAUCUGA